AGUUUUUGAGUUUUUACAUGGCAACCCUUUACGUCGUUGUCAAAUGUCACUUCUAUUUUAAUUUUGCACAUAAUUGUAACCUAGCUUUCUGUUUCCACGCCUUUUAUAAAAGUUGAUCCUUGUAUUUUGAAUUUUCUUUAUUACACUAGUUGAACCAGUUAAUUUUUUAUAUUUUACCCCAACAUUUUGGUCCUUCAGACAACCGAAUAGUUUUAAUACUAGAAUACAAUAUUUCAAGGAUCGAGAGUCGAAGGAAUCGCCAAAAGGGAUAUCGUUUUGUCAAGCAAGUUGCCGCCAUCGAUGUAUAGUUGCCACGCAAGCUGUGACUGUUCUUCAGUGCGGACUGUUCUAUAGUUUCAGCCAAGAAUCUAGUGAUUGUGAUAUAGUGUAUAGGCUUAUCGUUCGCUUCCCGGUAUGGCCGAGGAAAAGGAGCUAAUUAAGAGACGGGCCAGUUAUAAAGGACGGUUAACAGCCUUCUCUAAUUAUCUAAAUAGUUUGAACGACUCAUUAAGUCAAAGUCAGCUGAAUGAGCUGCAGUUACGAGUAGGUAAGAUUGAAGCCCUAUAUCAAUUCUAUGAUGAAAUUCAAACCAAGUUGGAAUGUUUGGUGGACGACAUGUCAGUGCAGUUAGCAGAAAGAAAUGAAUUUGAAACUUUAUAUUUCUCUUUAGUUUCAAAGUCACAACAAAAAUUAGCCAAACAGUCAAAGGAUAGUGACAAUUUUAGUAAUCAUUCUUCGUCAGCCACCAACAAUCACAACUUAGUUAAGUUGCCUACUAUUCAACUGCCAAAGUUUAGUGGUUCAUAUGAGAACUGGUUAGAGUUUCAUGACACCUUUACAAGCCUCAUUCAUUGCAAUGAUAAUAUAGAUAAUAUAAACAAAUUUCACUACUUAAGAGCUUGUUUAGAAGGGACUGCAGCCGUCGUCAUAAAGUCUAUUGACUUCUCUGCUGAUAAUUACUCUGUAGCCUGGAGCCUACUUUGUCAACGAUUUGACAACAAGAGGUUAUUAAUUCAAAAUCAUGUUACAGCACUGUUUAAUAUUGAUUCUAUUAGUAAAGAGUCGUCUCAAUCGUUAAAGCGUCUUGUUGAUCAGGUAAAUAAAAACCUGCGAGCCUUAGAGUCAUUAGGUCAAUCUGUAGAUAAUUGGGAUGUACUAUUAAUACACAUAUUAACUCACAAGCUAGAUACUAAAACUUUUAGAGAAUGGGAAGAACAUAAAAGUCGGUUGGAUAAAGAAAUGCCUAUUACGUUGAGUUCAUUCACGGAAUUUAUUAAAAUACGGGCAGAUUUACUUGAAACUUUAGAAUUGUCUCGCAAUCAUCAUUCAUUAAUGAAACAUAAUACUAACAAUCAGCAGAAAGUCAAAAGCAUGGUGUGCAGCACUUCGCCAUCAAGGUCCAGCUUAGGCACCACUUCAAGUGACUCGUCUCCAUCCAGUUCGCCAUCCAAGAAGUGCCCUAAGUGUUUUGGUGAUCAUUUCUUGAGCAACUGUUCCCAAUUUUUGGAUCUCAGCGUUGAGCAAAGACGCUUCUCAACUCGCCUAUGGUAGUUGCGUGUACGUGCGGAGUGCAAACGAUCGCGGUGAAGUUCUCGUUAGCUUGCUGUUAGCCAAAAGCAGAGUGAGUCCUUUGAAGCCCACCACGAUACCACGUCUCGAACUUUGCGGAGCGUUGGCUAGUGUUCGCCUGUACGAAAAAGUGACAAAAUCGCUGCGAGUUAAAGUACGUAAAACCUUUUUUUGGACCGACUCAAUGAUUGUUCUAGGCUGGCUGAAAAUGUUGCCAAUUAAAUUACAGCCUUUUGUUAGGAACCGAGUCGCGGAAAUUCUGGAAGUUUCGGGUAAAGCUGCCUGGCGUCAUGUUCCGACUGAUUUAAAUCCAGCGGACCUUAUAUCGCGUGGUUUAGACCCAGCCUUAAUGCAGGCUUGUAGCUUGUGGUGGUCCGGUCCUGAGUUUCUAAAACAAGAUGAAAAUCAGUGGCCAUCAAAUCCCGAGUAUAAUAAUUCAAAAUCACUUCCUGAAACUAAAGAAGUCACGUUACAUACAAACGUUGAACCUACUCAAAGUUUGAUUGAUUUUAGUCGUUUUUCAAAUUUUUCACGUUUGAACCGAGCGAUUGCAUAUGCUCUUAAAUUCAUUAAUAAAUGUAAAAAACAAACUUGUGAUGAAUUCUUAACAAGCAGUGACUUACAAAAUGCAUUAAAUUUAAUUAUUAAAAUUUCUCAAAUGGAGUCUUUUUCAGAGUAUCAAUUAUUAAAGAAUGACAAAAAGCUGCCUAAAAAUAGCACUUUAAAUAAAUUUAACGUCUUUCUAGAUGAAAACCAAUUGAUGCGCGUAGGUGGUCGUUUAGAUAAUUCAGAUUUUUCUUAUGAUAAGAAACACCCAAUCAUUCUUCAGUCCUCACAUCCUGUUACUAGGUUGUUAUUUAAGCACGAGCAUAAACGACUUAUGCACGCAGGGCCACAACUGUUAUUGGCUUCUAUUCGCGAAACCUACUGGCCUAUUGGUGGUCGCAACUUAGCAAAGCUUUGCUAUCGUAAUUGCGUUCGGUGUAAUCGUAUGAGAGGCAAGGUAGUUCCGCCUUUAAUGGGAAACCUUCCAUCAAAACGGGUACAGGCAGGUGGUUACCCAUUUGAAAACGUCGGCAUUGACUAUGCAGGGCCAAUUUUAUCGGCUAGUCGUCAAGGCAGAGGCUGUAGACUUGUAAAGGUGUACAUUGUGAUUUUUGUAUGUUUUGCUACGAAAGCAAUGCAUAUUGAAUUAGUAGGUGACCUAACUAGUAAUAAUUUUCUUUCUGCGGCCCGGCGUUUUAUGAGUCGCCGUGGAAAAUCAAAGAAUUGGUAUACUGAUAAUGGCUCUUCAUUUAUCGGCGCAUUUAAUGAAAUUAGUAAAUUUUUAAAAAGUAACUGCAGCUCAUUGUCAGAAGACAUUGCCAAUGAGGGUGUCAAUUUUCAUUUUCUGGCUCCAUAUGCUGCUCACCAAGGUGGCCUUUGGGAGGCGGGCGUUAAGUCUGUCAAAUUUCACUUACAACGCGUAUUGGGUAAUUGCCAUUUAACGUACGAGGAACUUAAUACUGUGUUAGUUCAGAUAGAAGCAAUCCUCAACUCGCGCCCGCUUACACCGUUAUCUACGGAACCUGACGAUCUGAUGCCGUUGACACCUGGCCACUUCAUCAUCGGCCGACCUCUUACGUCGUUGCCAGCACCAAACUAUGUGAACAGCGCCACAUCACAGUUAACAAGGUACCAAAGAUUGGAGCAGCUUCGCCAACACUUUUGGGCUCGGUGGAGCAAGGAAUAUAUUGCCGAAUUACAAAAGCGAGGAAAAUGGCGCACUGGUCAAGGAGCCCUCAAAGUGAACGGCCUUGUAUUAUUAAAGGAUGACCAGUUACCGCCUCUAAAAUGGAAAUUGGGGCGCAUAGUUACCUUAUAUCCUGGUGCUGAUGGCAUAAGCAGAGUGGCAGAUAUAAGAACAUCUACUGGGAUAGUACGUCGUGCUUUUAGUAAGAUAUGUCCAUUACCAGAUCACGAAAUGUCCUGUUGAAAGCGAGCUUCCAACGCGCGGGGGGAUGUUGGAGUUUUUGAGUUUUUACAUGGCAACCCUUUACGUCGUUGUCAAAUGUCACUUCUAUUUUAAUUUUGCACAUAAUUGUAACCUAGCUUUCUGUUUCCACGCCUUUUAUAAAAGUUGAUCCUUGUAUUUUGAAUUUUCUUUAUUACACUAGUUGAACCAGUUAAUUUUUUAUAUUUUACC